AUGUGGAGAUUGUUAUAUCCUGAAUCACGUUUGAUCCAUGCGACUCAGGUGGCAAACCGAGUGAUAUGCGUUCAAAAGGGUAUCAAGAAGUCGAUCACACAUGUUGUAUCUUGUACCAGUUGUACCUCAGCGUACACCCCUGUACUCGAUGAUUGCAUGGAUGCGUGGCUCAGUGACGAUCACGAUCGACUAACUUACAAAAGGUACAUUCUCCCGACGUGCUGUGAAUUCAAUAAGGUACGACAGAGGGUUGAUGAAAUCAAGUAUGAGGAUGAUUUUGGAGAGCUUUCAUCUAAGCCAUCUAAAAAUUUAGAUGUGCAAAGAAGGGCCUUGUGCAGCUCCAGUCUUUAG